GCACCCCCACACCGUGUGCAGAGAGAGAAGGCACCACACCACACCACAGUAAUGGCGGGAGCUGACAAAGAAGGCCGAAGGCGGCUAUAAAAUUCUGAGAAGACGACCAAGAGCUGCUGCAACCUGCCAGUUCAGCCCCAUCGUCCUCUCCAAACCCAGCAAUGGACUCCUCGACCGGCUCGAGGGGCGCCGCCGGCUUCUCGACGCAGGCCAACGCCCUCCUCCGCAAGAACCUCUGCUUCCAGAAGAGGAACCUGAAGACCAACUUGUGCAUCACCCUCUUCCCGAUCCUCCUCUGCCUCCUGCUCGUCCUGCUGCAGGGCGCCAUCGACCGCGAGAUCGACAAGCCCAAGUACCGCUGCGGCUGCGCGUGCGUCGACGCGGCCGCCGACGGGGGCUGCAGGAGGACCGAGUGCGGCGUCCAGUACUCCACGCUGGACCAGGUCGCCAGCUGCCCGAUCCCCAGGCCGCCGCGGUGGCCGGCCGUGGUCCAGCUGCCCCCGCCCGAGUCCAGAGCCGCCGGGACCGCCUCCCAGCCGUUCGACGGUUUGCCUGAGCAGGCAUGCCGGGACACCGGGUCUUGCCCCGCCGCCUUCCUCGUCACCGGAACCAACCGCUCGCUCGCCGAAAGCCUUUCGGGUCAACUGUUCCCUGCUCUGUCUUCUCCUUUGAAUUUCACCAACUAUCUAAAUGCGCUCUCCAAGAUUGUUCCUGGCUCUGACACGGAGACGUCGUAUAGACAGCUUUUAGAGCCAGCAUUUACUCCGGGGAAUACUCUGUAUAUUGUCCAACCUCAGUGCCGGUCCAAUUUGUCGCAAACAGUUUCGGUCAACGCUGGGCCGAUACCCCUUCAACUCGAUGUAGAAUGCAUUCAAGGUUUGACGUUAUGGCGUGAAAGUGAAUCAAUUAUCAAUGACGAGCUAUUUAAGGGUUAUAGACAACAAAGGGGAAGUGGAGGAGGGAAGGCAAAUGAAUAUGCCGCAGGUUACAACUUCUUGAACACAAAUAAGGACAGCCUUGACAUUAGUAUUUUGUUCAACUCUACCUAUAACAACAAUACUGCAUUUGAGGCCAUUGCACUAUUACGACUGCCACGCUUGGUUAACAUGGCUUCCAAUGCAUACAUCAAAUUUCUCAGAGGAAGUGGAGUGGAAAUGCUGCUCGAAUAUGUUAAAGAUAUGCCUAAAGUAGGAACAAAAAUGAAAUUUGACCUGUCUUCUCUUCUUGGUGCACUAUUCUUCAGCUGGAUCGUUGAACUACUGUUUCCAGUUAUACUAACAUAUCUCGUGUAUGAGAAGCAACAAAAGCUGAAAAUUAUGAUGAAGAUGCAUGGUUUGAAGGAUGGCCCUUACUGGAUGAUAACUUAUACUUACUUCUUUGCUCUGUCAGCUGUCUAUAUGAUACUAUUUAUCAUUUUUGGCUCCUUGAUAGGUCUGCGUUUCUUUACAGCAAACGAUUACGGCAUUCAGAUUGUUUUCUACUUCAUAUACAUAAAUCUGCAGAUUGCACUCGCAUUUUUCGCGGCAGCCUUCUUUUCUUCUGUCAAAAUAGCCACAGUGGUUGGUUACAUUUAUGUAUUUGGUUCUGGUUUACUAGGGGCAUUUCUUCUGCGUUUCUUUGUUGAGGAUAAUCGUUUCCCGAAGGGCUGGAUAGUAGUCAUGGAGAUCAUCCCUGGAUUUUCACUUUACCGAGGGUUAUACGAGUUUGGUCAAUAUGCAUUCUCUGGAACUGCAAUGGGAACCGAUGGUAUGAAGUGGACUAAUUUGGGUGACCCUGUCAAUGGAAUGCGUACUGUACUGAUUAUCAUGGUUAUCGAAUGGGCAAUACUUCUCCCCUUGGCAUUUUAUCUUGAUCAAGUCUCAUCAUUGGGUGGUGGGCUCCGUAAAAGGUUGUUGAUCUCCUUGACAUGCUUUAAGAAGAGAGCUGCAUCAUUUCGGAGGUAUAGCUUCGGGCGGUUAGGACCUAAAGUAGUAGUUGAAAUGGAGAACUCCGACACUACUCAAGAAAGAGAGGUAGUUGAGCAGCUUCUGCUGGAACCCAGUGCAAACCAUGCUAUUAUAUCUGAUAACCUAACAAAGGUUUACCACGGAAAGGAUGGAAAUCCUGACAAGCUUGCAGUUCGUGGGUUGUCUCUUGCCCUCCCAAAAGGACAAUGUUUUGGGAUGCUUGGCCCGAAUGGGGCAGGGAAAACAUCCUUCAUCAGUAUGAUGAUUGGGCUCAUUCCACCUACAUCUGGCACUGCUUAUGUCCAUGGAAUGGAUAUAAGGACUGAUAUGAAUGAAAUAUACACAAAUAUGGGUGUCUGCCCACAACACGACUUGCUCUGGGAAACAUUGACGGGAAGAGAGCAUCUGUUGUUUUAUGGAAGACUAAAAAAUCUUAAAGGCGCUGAACUACUGAAGGCAACUGAUGACUCUUUGAAGAGUGUUAACCUAUUCCGUGGCGGUGUCGGCGAUAAGCAAGUGGGGAAGUACAGUGGGGGCAUGAAACGGAGGCUUAGUGUUGCAAUCUCCUUAAUUGGAGACCCCAAAGUUGUUUUCAUGGACGAGCCAAGCACUGGGCUAGAUCCAGCAUCAAGAAAUAACCUGUGGAGUGUUGUGAAGGAAGCAAAGAAAAACCGUGCCAUUAUUCUUACAACACAUUCAAUGGAAGAGGCAGAGGUACUAUGUGAUAGACUGGGUAUUUUUGUUGAUGGUGGUUUCCAAUGCAUUGGACAUCCGAAAGAGCUGAAAGCGAGAUAUGGAGGCACCUACGUGUUCACAAUGACAACAUCUUCGGAACAUGAGCAGGAGGUUGAACAGCUAGUUCGCCGUUUGUCGCCGAAUGCGAACAGGAUAUAUCACAUAUCUGGAACACAGAAAUUUGAGCUGCCAAAGCAGGAGGUGAAGAUAGCUGACGUUUUCCAUGAAGUUGAGAGUGCAAAAGGCCGUUUUAACAUACACGCUUGGGGCCUUGCUGAUACCACCUUGGAGGAUGUCUUCAUCAAGGUUGCCAAGGGAGCACAAGUUUUCAACUCGUAACUAGUAUACUGGAUUUGUAGGUCGUUAUUCUUUUUUUUCGUGUGUGAAAUAUAUGGUGUAUGAGACUUGCUUGAACUUCCCUAUACAUAAGUUUUGGUUAGUGUGACACUAGAGGUGUAAGUUUAGUAUUGUGUAAAGCUGUAUAUCUCAAAUUUACUUGUGGAUUUGGCAA